AUGCGUGACCGCAUCGCCGGCCAUGUGGUCCACGCGCGCAACAGGAGAGCGGGCGGGUCCACGAGUUCCGCGGGAGAGGGUAGGCUGGGUGACGUGCGCGGUGAGGGGAUUAAAGUGAAGCUUUUUCUUUUUUUUUCCAGGUACCUUCUUUACCAUCAUUGGAAGAAUACUGCCUACAAGAGCCAUCCUCUUCUUAUAAGGGUGAAAGCAGACUCACUCAAGAAGAUCAAAUACAUAAUGAAGCGUCUAAGUAAAGAGAAUGUGAAGCCCUCAGGCCGUCAGAUAGGGAAGCUGAGCCACAGUAAUCCCUGUUUCCUCUUUGACUACAUCCUGUCCCAGAUCCAGACUUGGGACAACCUUAUUGUGCCAGUGGUGGACUCACUCAAGUACCUCACCAUGCUGUCCUAUGAUGUCCUUGCCUACUGUGUUAUUGAGGCUCUUUCCUCGCCUGAAAAGGAUCGUAUGAAGCAUGACGGCACCAGCAUCUCAAUGUGGUUGCAGAGCCUCGCCAGCUUCUGUGGAGCUGUCUUCAAGAAGUACUCCAUUGACCUGACAGGGCUUCUUCUUCAGCUUGUGGCCAACCAGCUGAAGGCUGAGAGAAGCCUGGACCUGCUGGUACUCAAAGAAAUAGUACAGAAAAUGACUGGCAUUGAGUCUACCGAGCAGGCCACUCAAGAUCAACUGGAGGCGAUGUGUGGAGGAGAGCUCCUCAGGCUGAGGAAUGAGGGCAAGAGGGCUUCUGAGAAAAUCCAUGGAGGCUACUUCCACCAGUUGAGAAACACCAAGAAGUCGUCGCAGCGGCUGAAGGAUUCGUUGCUAGAGCAGGACUUGGCACUUCCCCUGUGUCUGCUUAUGGCCCAGCAGAAGAACUGCAUCCUCUACAGGGAACAGGAAGCCUCACAUUUGAAGCUCGUCGGCAAGCUGUAUGACCAGUGCCAGGACACGCUUGUGCAGUUCUGCAGCUUCCUCUCAAAGCUGAGCACCGAAGAGUAUGCAGGCAGGCUACCUUCAGUGGACCAGCUUCUGUCUAAAUUCCACGUCCAGGCAGACGUGGCUUUCUUCCUGGCAAGACCCAUGUUUGGACACCAGAUCACUUUGAAAUUUGAUGAAGCCAAGAGAAAGACAAGAGCUUCAAAACACUGGCAGCGGCACAAAAGCUCCAGCGCUACGUAGACGCUGUGGACCAAGUGAUGUCCCAAGUCGUCGAAAACGUCAGGCCACUGCAUCCAGCAAAGACAUGGGAAGACCUAAGCCCACAGUUCUAUGUGACCUUUUGGUCGCUGUCCAUGUAUGACCUCUACGUCCCCACAUCUAGCUACCAACGUGAAAUGCAGAAGCUGAGAG